AUGGAAGAUACCACUACCUCAACACGAUCGAACUCAGAAUCAAGUCUACGACUGCAGCAGCUAAUAGAUAGAAAUGAACCAGCUCAGCCACGAAGCGAAAAGGAUGGAGACCCAAAGAAGCACGACCAGAGAAACGAAACCAAUGGCAACACAAAUGGGAGGAGGAAACAAUCGGGCUCAUCUAAUGGUCGACGAAUAUCGAGCAAGUUUAGAGAUAUGAACUCGUCCAAUGGAAGCUCCCCACUAAUUGAUACAAGUAGCAUUAAAUCAUACUAUCCUGUUAACAAUUCUUGGCAAAGUCAAUCGCCUCUGCAGAAAUAUUCUACUCAACGACUAACGUCUUCAGGACUGGACAAGUCACCAUCAGUCUACCAGAUGAGUAACAAUCAAUCAGAUAGUAGCAUAAAGACACCACGGUAUUAUCAGCACAAACGAAAAUCAACAUCUUCUUCUGCAUCUUCAGGAACGACUCCACCAGCAGUAUCUAAAUCCAGCGAUAAUCUACGUAUGAUGCUCGAUAAAGAUCGAAUUACCCCGCCAUUAUUUUCACGCGAUGAUGGUGGAUCAGGCUACUUUAACUUGGAUAGGUCCAAAUGGAAAGGUGGAGCACCGCAAUCGAUUAUUAAUGGAUCUAGUGGGAAGUCCGAUCGACUCAAGCUGUCUGUAGUUAAUGAUAGUUCUGGUUCUGGAUUGUUAAACAGUCCGUGGUUUAGAGAUUUAAAGGGAAAUAGUAAUGCCAGCGCCAAUGGGAGCAGUGCCAAUGUUAGCACUCCCAAUUUGCAUACGCAAAAGAUUGAGCACUUACGAAAGGAGCAAAAGAAUCGACUAGUUGAUCAGUUUUUAAAUUCUUCAAAAAAAAUUCCCCCUUCGCCUGGGGGUGAGGUGAAUGGAAGCAGAUAUUUUAACGAAGACAUGUUACCUUCGUCAUUGCUGAAUAGUCAUGUUAAUUUGAGUGCAUUAUCGCAACUGAAACUUGGCAAAGGAGGAGUUGGAGUAAGAGGAGCUAGCGAGUGGAAAAAGCCGCCAGAUGAUUUUGUCCAGAAUAAAGAUGCGGUGGAACAAGUUAGAAAAGGAGAAAAUUUGCAGCGGUUGCUUAAUAGUGAAAUUAAUUUAGAUGAAAAACAGGUUAGAUUGGAGAAACAAGAGGAGAAAUUGGAAUAUGAAGAAAAGAAAGUUGAAGAAGAAGCACCGGAAUUACGACCACAGGCAAUUCCACAGCUACCACAGAAACAGCAGCAACAGUUGGAGCAGGCGUUGGGGAGUGUUGGCAACACUGCUGGCAACAAUAAUACCUUGCCUGCUUAUGCGAGUGAGGAGUUGGUUAAUAAUGUAUUGAGUAACGGAGGAUUUCGAUUUGAGUACGACACCAAACAUGUUAUCGAAGAUGAUAAGCUUGUCAAUUAUUUAAUUAAUAUUGAUAAUGUGUUGGAAGAGUUGGAAAAACGAAAACACAACCAACAACGCAAUCAACGGCACAAGCAUCUUAAUGGUGCUGUUGAUGAUGACGAUAGGUAUGGUGAUUUAAUCAAUAUACUAGGCACCAUUUCUGAAAAAGUCUUGAUUAAAUCAAAAGGUUUGAUAUAUUCCAAAACCAACCCAGCAAAAGCAACCAUAUUACAACUCGACCUUGUAUCACAAUAUCUCAAGACACUUGGCGACAAUAUGCAUCAAUUGAGACAAGAAUUGGUCAAUGGCUUAUCACAAACGAGAGAUAAGAAUAGAUCAAUAAUUACUGAUAAUUUAUCCAAGUUGAAUGAAAUUGAUUCGCAAUUGAAUGCCCUUGAAGCAACAGCUAAUCGAAACAAGGACAAAGUCAACCAACAAAAGCAAAUGAUGAAGAAUGAAGUAAAUGAGAAAUUGACGUUAUUGGAGGAGAUUAACAAAAAGAUUGAUUUACAUAAUCAGAAUAAACGGAAUAAACGUAUCAUUCGAUCAAAUGUUGUUCUUGCAGGAUUGAUUAUGGUGGUGGGGAUAUAUUUUGCGUUAAGGAGAUGA